AUGAGCAAACAAAUAGAGCUUGCGCUCCUCUCUCUGAUGCCAGCACAUGGCCCCGAGCUGCCGACAUCACUCGUCGAGCUAACUGGCUCAUUGCUCGCCCAGUCGAGGCAUAGAGCCAGCACGCUCAAGGCCGAGGAGGAGGUCGCUCGUCACUACGCUUGCGCCAACAUUGCCUGCGAUCGGCUGAAGAUCAGUCUGAACCUGCCGCCGAUCGAGCCACGGCCUCCGGUCCCUCCACGUAUCUACAAACGACUGUACACGCACCUGGACAACAUCUUGCCCAACAGCUCGACCACGCCUCGAUCCAGUCGGAUACGAACACCUAGGUCAUCGAGGCAAGACAUCGCCGAGUCGCCGGCGUCGAGUGCACGACAACUUCCCUCGAGGUGCACGCCGAGCAAGGAGACCAGCCUGUCCCAGUUUCGGACGUCAAAGGCAAGCCAGGCAACGCCGAUCAAGGCAACCACCGCCCUUGGGCUGCACGCCUGGAUCCAACCUGUGGUCCGGUACCUCUGCACAGAAACGGGAAACAGGAAGCUUGCACCGACCGUAUUGGCGGGCAUCGAGUCCAUCGUGGCCCCGGGCGGACAACGAACGGAGGAUGUGUGGGUCUGCAAACAUAUCGUUGAGCUGGUAGCCACCAUCUACUUAUUCGUCAUGAUGCGAGUCAGAGCUGUCACAUCUGGCGGGGCCAUCGAUCGCGAGAGCUACGUCCCCAUGCGCAAAGAAAUCAUCAGCUGCCUGACUCGAGCGCGCGGCGACGUCAUCCGGAACGGUUCAACGAACGUCGACGUCUGGGAUGGCUGGAAAGAUGUCAAGACGCGAGAGUUUGAUGCGGCGGUGGCACACAUCAAUGGUACCGAUUGGCUUGCCGGUGACUGGUACAAGAGCAUCGACGACAUCGUCAGCUCGACGCGCGAAGUCGAAUAUCCAGACGAGCCGGUCGAGGACCUCUCCGGCUCCGCCUCGGCACGCCGUGCAGACUCGAUGCUUCAGGAAAAAUACGACUUUUUGAGCGACGCACGACGGGCAGACUACGAUUCGUGGAAAGAAAAGAUGCUGUUCAAGAUUUGCCAGGCCAGCAUGGCCAGCGGUUUCGCCCAAGUUGAUCCAUAA